UCCACUCAAUAACGUCACGACGUACAGAAUAAAGAUAAAACAGCCAAAAAACUCGAGACAAUUAUUUAGUGCGUGAUACGUGUGAAUAUUAGAUUCAAGUUAAUAAAUUGUUUUUAGAAAAAUGUCUUACGCUUAUCUAUUCAAGUACAUAAUAAUCGGAGAUACAGGAGUUGGGAAAUCAUGCCUGCUGCUACAGUUCACUGAUAAACGAUUUCAACCCGUUCAUGAUUUGACUAUUGGUGUCGAAUUUGGCGCUCGUAUGAUCACCAUCGAUGGAAAACAGAUUAAAUUGCAGAUAUGGGAUACGGCGGGUCAAGAGGCUUUUCGCUCAAUAACAAGGUCCUACUAUCGAGGAGCUGCUGGGGCACUUCUUGUUUAUGACAUCACUCGCAGGGAAACAUUCAAUCACUUGACAACGUGGCUCGAGGAUGCUCGACAACACUCAAACUCCAAUAUGGUCAUAAUGCUGAUUGGCAAUAAGAGUGAUUUGGAUGCUAGGAGGGAAGUCAGGAGGGAGGAGGGCGAGGCUUUUGCACGAGAGCAUGGGCUCGUGUUCAUGGAGACGAGCGCCAAAACUGCUGCCAAUGUUGAAGAGGCGUUUAUCAAUACUGCUAAGGAAAUUUACGAGAAAAUUCAGGAGGGCGUCUUUGACAUCAAUAAUGAGGCAAAUGGAAUAAAAAUUGGACCUCAGCAUUCGCCAACCAGUCCCGGUGGUCUCUCAGGUACUGGAGGCCAGGGUAGUGCACAAGGUGGUGGCUGCUGCUAGGGGCUGGGGGUUACCUGUCCGCCCCUUCAUCCAACUCCAAUAUAAACUAAUCAUUCCUGCUCCACCAAACAACUACAUGGAUUUCCAAAAAUUGGAAGAAGAAUUUUUAAUUUACCAGAAAUGAAGGCGAAGACCAUCGUGUCACGAGAACUCAUUGUCGCGUUCAGGUAACGGGCGGCAACUAUUUAUUCAUUUAAUAAAUGAUUAAAGUCGAAUUUUCUCAUAGUGAAAUAUGUAAUCCUGUGGGUCUGAGAUUUGUAUAUACGAAUUUUCCAAGCAAAAUUCAAUCUAAUGCUUUCUGGUAGAAUGUCUUGGGUUGUCAAAGAAAAGUCGAAUUAUUUGGGCUGUGGGAGGGCUGCAAUUCAAUUAGUCAUCACAAAAUCAAAAAAAAAACAAUUGUUGGAGGAGGGAGCAUCAACUUAGUUGAGCAGGAAUGUCUAUCACUCGUCCACCUAACAAAGCGACACUAUGUAUAUGUAUGUGUACCUAAACGAGGAAAACAAAGCGAUGAAAAUAAUUAUGAAUUUCUCGUGGUAUUUUAAGUUGUCAAUCAUCAUUUAGCUUGAACAAGUGUAAUCCAAUUUGACGUUUUUGUUUAUAAAUAGAGAAUAAAUGCCUAACAUCAUUAUCGUAUUACUAUCUGAGACUUGAGUUCAGGGCUGGAAUUAAAUUUAUGUACAUUUUAACUGGACAAAAACCAUUUGCUUGUUCUACUCUCUUCGUAUUCUUAUUUUUCAUUACAAUCCCCCGAUCUGUGGGGUAUCUUUGCUGAAAGGGAAGUGAUGUAAUUUUUUUAGGGAUUUUCAGGGAAAUCUACUCGAGCUGUAAUAAUUUACUGCGCAUAUUGAUUGUAUUGCUUUCAACUACUAGUCAAAUUAAAUUAGAAUCUAAGUGCAUUUCUCUGUCACAUUCGAAUCAUAUGAGGCAUCAUUCUGAGAUUAAAAUAAAAAAAAAUGAAUAAGGAAAACCUACCGGAAAAAACCAACUUGCUUAUAAACAAAACAAUUAUACCAUGACUACUUUCACCAAAGACACCCUGUAAUUUGAUAUAUACUUAUAUAUUUCAUGUAAAUUGAUUUAAUAUAUGUAUACAUGAACAAAUA